CAACUUGUUCGAGUCUAUUCAUAGAACUGACCCCUUUUUGAACGUGGGGGUGGUGUUACGAUGCCGGUGCUGUCACCCGACAGAUUUGGCGCCGCGAGUAUCCCCAGCGCCAGAAGCUCAGACCGUUCCAAGGCGAAGCGACGGGCGUCGGCCACAAAUGCUAGUGGAAGCCACAAGCAGAAUCGGCAUGUAGGCCCGUGGGCAAAGUUACCCGAGCCAGUUCCCGAGGAAGAGUCGAAGGAUGCGUCGGUUCCAUUUCAGUGGCACCGACGACGUCUCGAGCCGUCGAAAGCUGUGAGACCAGCGUCGAACCUGCCCACGUCGGCACGAAGGAGGACCCUGCCAGAAGAAGAAGACAUGCACGAGAUCAUCCAAGCGUACACGAAAAUGGCCUUGGAACGCACCGACUGCAUCCAGGAACUGGCCCAGAAGCGCGUGUUGCCACACUCCAAGAAGAGACCGCCGUCCGCCCAGCAACGGGUUUACAUGCCGACGAGUCGCAUUCGACGCGCGGUGCAAUCGGCUGGUGUGCAACGCACUGUGCCAGCGCAGCCAUCCUUCGUGCGCAUUCGGGUAUUCAGCACCGUGCCCACUGCAACAACAGCAGCAGCAACACCACCCAACCAUGCCCUUGUCGCCCCUGUCAUCAACAGUGCCGCCACGACGACGACUCGGCACGCCACUCCCGCACGAAUGCUGCCACCGCGAUGCAUGUCUGCCAAACCCAGACGAAGGUCUGAAGUGACCGCUCCGCGACCGCAAAGCGCACACCCUCGAUCCAGUGUCCCAGCGGUGAUCAAUCGCCCUACCGUUGAAGUGGCCGAGAAUGGCAAGAUGAAGCUAACGGUGCACAUGACUCAUAUCCGCAUGGAGAACAACGAUGGCGACGAUGAUGCUGCCGACGAGGAGGUAGAACGCGACGAUUGAUGAUUGUCACGC